UUAUGACCGACGUAGGCUCGCGUUCGACGUGCUAAAGCUCUCUCCUCAUCACCAGCAACGAUGAACGUCUUUGUCGUUCCAGCGUCUCCCAAGACGGGGCAGGCGACGAUCCAAUCCCUCCUUGAUCAUCCUUCACAACCACACGUCACGGGCGUAUAUCGAGAUUUAGGAAGGAUACCAGCUAGGUUUAAGGAUCAUCCUCGAUUUCGGGCGAUCAAGGGCGAUGUUGCCGAUGUUUCGAGUCUCAAAUUUGCUGGUGCCGAUGUCAUCGUAUCUAUCACGCCUCCGCAGUAUUCCGAGUCCAAGCCUAUAACGAGAGCACGUGAGAUGGCAGCGAAUGUCAAGUUUGCUAUUAGCAGGGUUGGGUGUUCGGUGAAGCGUUUGGUAUAUGUGUCUAGCAUAGGAGCUCAUCUGGAGCAUGGGACGGGCGAGAUAAGAACGAAUUACGAGGCAGAACAAGCCCUCAUCGGUGCGGCUCCCGAGGUAGUCUUUAUUCGAUGCGCCUACUUCAUGGAGAAUUGGGCGGCAGUACUUGAGAACGCGAAUAAUAAUCCGCCACAUUUCUCUUCUGUGUUAUGUCCCAUAGACUACGCAAUACCCAUGGUCUCGGUGAAAGAUGUUGGUCGAACAUGCGCAAAGGAAGCCCUCGCGGCAGGCUCGCCUAUGCGACAUAAUCCCUACAUCUUCAAUUUGCACGGACCGGAAUCCUACUCAACGAAAGAUGUGCACAGAGCGGUGGAAGACAUAACAUACAAUUACAACAAGUACAGUUACCGCAAGGACAAUGACGACAAGGUUGAGCUAAGGCUGGUAGAAAAUGAGCAGCUAGAGGACUUCUUCGCACAAUUAUAUCAGCCACCGACGGCUCAACUAUUCGUGGAGAUGACGAGGAGUCUCCUGCCUGGAGGGAUCGUAGCCGGGGAUAUGCGAGAGGGUCAUUUGCUUCAGAGGGGGAGCGAAUCACUGAGCGAGGUGAUUAGAGACAUCCUCAAGAAAUGAAAGAAAAGAAAAUUGCAGAAUAUGGGCGACUUGAAUAACAAGCGAGCGCUGUUUCGACGAGACUGAGAGGAGAGGAAAGAAGAAGGAAGAGAAAAACAAGGGCCUACAAAACGGAACACGCGCACGGGCUGCAAGAUGACUACGUAAAUCACAAACUGGCCCAAAGAAU